CUGCCACUCCCAAAGGUCCGUACUAUCAAGCUACCAGCUACAUAACGGAUUGACGGUACAUCGCUGCAAACCACCUGUUCACCCCGGAUUGAAUCUUUCUUUGCGACUUGGUUUCCCGAGCUUCCGAAGACUCCAACCCAUCCUCCGUCCGUCGAUUACACUCCACCGAUUCACGCGUCACCAUGUCCACCGAACUUCUCAACCCUUCCUCCUCUGGUCGCCCCGAGACUGCUCUGCGAAUUUCACAACAGGCUCCCGACGUCCUCAAACGGACAGCAAAGACCUCGCUACCUUUCCCCUUAUCGGUUCUAUUCUCCUCCGAAAAACAAGAGACAUGGGUGGAGCUCGAGAAUCUCCUGGUCGCGUGUCUUCGGACAGGUGACGACAAAUCAGCACGGCUAUGCCUCGAUAGGCUCACCUCUCGGUUCGGCGAGCAGAAUGAGCGCAUCCUUGCUCUACGAGGACUCUAUGAGGAGGCGAUAGCACAAGAUGGCAAGGCCGUGAAUGCGAUUCUGACGACCUAUUACGAUAAUUUGCUAGCGGAGGACCCGACGAAUAUGCCGAUUCGGAAACGGCGUAUCGCCCUACUGAAGUCCAUGUCGAAGACAGGGGACGCGAUUGCCGGGCUUGUGGAGCUUCUGGUUACCUCGCCUAUCGAUGCGGAAUCAUGGGCGGAAUUGGCCGAUUUAUAUUUCUCACAAAACCUAUUCCCACAAGCGAUCUAUUGCCUGGAGGAAGUUCUCCUUAUUGUCCCAAAUGCUUGGAACAUGCAUGCUCGGCUCGGAGAGGUCCUUUUCCUAUCGGCAGAGAGCAAUUCCAAUGCAAGGGACGCUGCACUGAAGGAUCUGAGCAACUCUUUGAAGAGGUUUUGCCGUAGCAUCGAGCUCUGUGAUAAUUACCUUAGAGCAUUUUACGGACUUAAAAUGGUCUCCAGCAAACUGAUAUCGCUCCUAGAAGUGGAGACCAAGACAGUUUCGAAGGAUAAGACCGGCGAGCUUAGCGUGCCUGACAAAGCUACCGUCGAAUCCCUCAACGAAUUGGCAACCUCGAAGCUCGUGGAAAUACUUCGGAAAGGUUCGAGCGGAGAGCAUGGUUGGGAUGGCUACGAGGAUGCAGAGCUCGUUGCAAUCCAAGCGCUACUGGAUCAAACGUCGCAGAAAGUUGAGCGAUGAAGUGAGAAAGGAGGAGAAAGUGUUCUAAAACCAAGCUCAGCUUGAGAGGGAGCCGCACAGUCCGGUGGAGGAACUUCAAGGCCGUCGCUGUGGCUGUUGUAUGGGUACCGUCACACAGGAUCCAUUUCGACCGAGGGAGCAGGCGUCCUGCCUGUUAAUGGUCUUCAGUCACCGAGGAGAGUCGUCUUGGAGGUCGUUACUACAAUCGUCGGGAUGAAAAUGGUUGGGUAACCGUCCUGUCUGUACUUGAACAUGGUCAACAGGAGUGGUCAAAAAUCACACAGGACGUUUGGGGUAACUAAUGAGUACAGGAGUGAGCCUUGUAAUAGUACAUGGAGCGAUAUUCGUGCAAUUCAACGGAUGACUUCAAAUAAUCACCCAAUUAUCUUUUCAAGUCCAGGCCCAAUAUUAAUCAUAC